AUGGUGGUGGUUGCAUGGGUCCUGGAGGAGGCUCCGGAGGUCCCCGUGGGGGUGGGUCAGGCAGUUCCUGUCCGUCAUGUGGUGGGGCUAUGUUGCUGUCAUGGUUGCCUUGACCCUCCUCGUAGUCGUUUUGAACAGGAAAGACAUGGGUCCAGACUGAUUGUCCACUUCGCGUACUCAUGUCAGCAACAAAUGCAACAGGAGCAUAGGAAGGCUCUGAUACCAAAUUGA